CCACGUCCUGCUGUAAGUCCGAGCAACGCCCAUGACUCUCCACCCAACGCAUCCUGAUUCCAUGCAGACAUUUCACAUAAUCACUUGGCCCUCUCUCUCGACACACUUUCCGUCUGUGUGGUCAAUCGGUAGACUUCGGCGCCACGUCAUAAAUCCACACGUCCAAAUGAUCCAAGUCUGCUACCCUACCCCUCCUCUCAAGACCGUGCAUCCGAGGCGACUCGUCCUCGCACCGGUCAUACAAAAUCAAACAACAAUGAAUCCUCCCACAGCACCAAACCCAGCCGGAGACGCCGGUGUUCUCCCCGAAUUCAACAGCCUCAGCCUCCAGGACGCACCAUCACCACCAGUAAACGAUGACGAGCUCGACGUGCUCAACAUGUCACGCGAGACGGCCAUGAAGUUGAUUGCGCGCUCCAUCAUCGCCAUAGCAAACGCUGCCGGCGACGUGCCAGCCACGCCACCGCUGUCGCGACCGGCGACACCAGGCGGUCGGGAGACCCAAGUCGUUCGACACCACCGAAGAACCUCGUCUAGACCCGCCACGCCUAUACCCGCCGAAAAGGAAAGCCACCAGCCUACCGAACUAGCUCCGCCAGAAGCGAGCCACGACGAGCCCGUCACGAUCCACGACAUCGGAGCCGGAGCGCAGCCCGAGGCGGUGCAACGCGCCAACAUGGCCAGGAAAUUCUUCUCCAAGACGGUGCCCAAGGUGGGCGUGGAAGAGUACAUGAAUCGCAUCCAGAAAUUUUGCCCGUUAUCGACUGCAGUCUGGCUAGCGGCUGGAUCCUACAUGCUGCGCCUGUGCGUUAUCGAUAGGAGCGUCCCACUGACUUAUCGCACCAUGCACCGGCUUAUCUUGGCCUGUGCACUGGUGGCCAUGAAGGCGCUCGAGGAUCACCGAUGGCCUCAGAAGCGCUUUGCGGCCGUAGGCGGCGUCGACGAGGCAGCCCUCAGCCGCCUGGAGCUGUGUGUCGAGUUCUUGCUGUCGUUUGACGUCCAGAUCUUCACUCCAGAGAAACUCCGCGAACUGACACUGCAGCUGCAAAAGGCCGGUCAGGCAGCCACCAUGACGUGCCGGCUGCCAACAACUUUUAACCUUCGAUUGGCUACCCCCAAGAUGCGUAAUGCGCAGGUAGCGUGAUUGUUGUUUACAAGGAGAGACACACAGAACAGAAAUGUCUAUGAAGAGACUGAGCGGACGCAGGCUGAAGCGUCAUUCUCCUUGUUGUUUCGAGUUUUCAGGAUAUCCCCCACCUUUGAGCAUGAAAUCGGCGUUUGGGUAAUAGCAAAACAGAGGCAUCGAGAUCGAGCUUGGGCAAGCGGGUCAUUGUGUACUAUAGACACCAAAAAGGUGCAUAGGAAGAAAUGUUGAAAUUCGUUGGCGCGCAAAC